UAAUUGCAUGUUGAUCUAAUUAAUCAUAGCAAUUUGCAUCGUCGUAUCUAGUCGAAUAAAUGUCAUCUUUUGAUUAUCGUCUCUAUAUAUCUCUUGAUUAAGUGACGAAAUUAAACUAGCCAUUGGUUAAUAAAUACCUCCCAUUAAUAUUAUUAUGAUAGAAUUGAAUUAAAACGAAUUUAUCCAAUUAUUAUAACAAAAUAAUUAUAAUACUUUAUCGAUUGCUAUAAUGUUGAUCUCACUACGAGAUUGUUUCACGAAGAGAUUGUUGGACAUAUCGACUACCUUGCACAUUAAUCACCGAUCCUCUAAUUUUCAGGUUGGAAAACGCGUGUACGCGCGAAUAGGAUGAGUUAUAAAAAUAUUCCACAAAGAUAAAAUCAUGAAUGCGGGUGAAGCUGCAAGUACAAAGGAAGUCUGAGAAAACACCGAGCGCCAUCGGUUGCGAUCACAACAGGAAAAGACACAUCUGUUAUUGAUACGACAUAAGUUUUGGUGCGGUUUAGAACAAUCAUCUGCGGUGUUCACAUAUUGGAUGAACAUUUUUGAACGCGAGACGAAACUGUACUCUAUCUCUCGAUUCUACGAUAUUAAGUAAACUAAAUCGAAAUUUCAAAUGUAUAAACGUUUAGAACAAGACUAAUCUCUGUAUAUGCACCUCACGACAAAAAGAACAAACUUCCUUCUUUCACCCUCCGGCAGAAAUCCUGCGAUCCCGAGGAGAUCCCAAAUAUCUAGGACGCUCUGUUGACAAUCGCUUUCAUGGUGUAUGGCUACAUGUAGCUCGACUCAUGCUAUGUAUACGUCCGUGUCCUUGUGAUCGAUAAUAAUCCCGUUUAGGCUAACAUCACGAUCCAUCCCCGAAACGAAAGGACGCGGAAAUCUCGAUCGAAGCUGUACUGACCAUAAUGUAUAUUUUCUAGAACGCAACUACUCGCCAGGCACCGCGAUCGACUGGUAUUAUCAGUACCAGACGAUGUAUCUUCGAUUGAUGGCGGAGAACCAGCUAGCGGAGACGACGACGAUGGAGACAACGACAAUGAUUGAGGAGACAACGAGCAGUUGUCCUAGCGAGCACGUCAACGUGAUAAAAUUACAGAACGGUCAGUCGAAGACGGAAGUCAACGGCAGCCAGUCGACCACCGGAUCGAUCCGGGACUCCACCGGGUGGUAUUCUUGUCCACGUUGCGGCAAUGCCUACAGCAGGCCGCACUCGCUGAACCGACAUAUAAAAUUCGAAUGCGGUGUAGAGCCGCAAUUCGAGUGCCCUAUCUGCCACAAGAAGUCGAAGCACAAGCAUAACCUGGUGUUACACAUGAGAACUCAUCAGAAGCCUUGAAACCUCUCAGCUUCGGGAAUAGUUGCGACUGAGAGUCAUAGAGUCGAGAGUGUAUCUCGCGAUGCCAGAUUGCGUGAUUGAGAAAACUUUGCGAGGACGAUCAAUUCGAGGUCGAUUUGAUAGAAUUUUGUAAGAUAAUACAAAUCACGUUUGAAGGAUAGACUGUGCGUCGGGCUUUUUGAAAUUCUCAAACUGAUCCUAUUCUAUAUGUUGAAUGUUAUAUAGUUCCUUAUUAUUUUAUCUUCCAAGUAUUUUCUUCGAGAUUGUAUUAUCUUCGAGAUCGCACUAUCUACACAAUGCACCUUUUCUGGUACAAUGUUUUGAACGAAAGAUCAAUUUCUGGAUUUAACGACAUUUCUAGUCCUGCUGUUUUUUUUCUGCCAAUUAUUAGCACAGAGAUAUUUGAAAAGUAUUGUUUUCUCUUCUUUCCCGAUCACACGUUAUUUUAUGGCAAUUAUAGACAAUAAAUAUGUGUGAUCGGAGAAAGUAUAUAUAGUAUAUACUCAUA